AUGAUAAAUAAAAAAGACAAAGGUAAUAAUAGUGGUAAAAAUGGUGAAGGUAAUAAUAAUGAUAAAAGAGAUGAAAAUAAUGAUGAUGGUAAAGAAGGUAAAGGUAAUAGUGAUAAUAAAGAAGGCAGAG